CCAACCCCCAAACCCACAGGUCGGCCAGUGAUUUUUUUUUUUUUUUUGUUUGAUUGCGAAGAAAAGCAUCGGCGACGGGCACGCAAACUCAUACACAGAUGAUUAUGGAGUUUGUUGCAGUUUCUCGAUUCACUAAUUCCCCUUGAGAUAGAAAAAGGGAAAAAGAAAUGGCUGGUGCUAUCAUCAAUUGCAAGUUUUCAAGCUGUGCGUUGAGUUGCUGCUUUCGCUUGCGAUCCAAGUCUGCGACUUCUCCGUCAACGUCUUCUUCUUCUUCUUCCUCUCUUCUGGCGCGCUUAUCCAAGCGCCCUUGAUGACCAUGAUCCUCUGCCUUGAACUUUUUUUCGGAUCUCAGUUGCAGGUCCACUCCCCACAGCCAGAAUCUCAAUAUUACCGUCAACAACAACCAGCAUCGCGAUAUUCUCCCUUUUCCGCAUGGACCCCGCUGCCUCUCGCCCCGCUGUAGUUAUCGACAAUGGCACCGGAUAUACUAAAAUGGGGUUCGCCGGCAAUGUAGAGCCGUGUUUUAUUGUUCCUAGUGUAGUGGCAGUUAACGAGUCGUUCUUAAAUCAAUCGAGAAGCUCGUCGAAAGCAAAUUGGCUUGCGCAGCAUAAUGCCGGUGUAAUGGCAGAUCUCGAUUUCUUCAUUGGAGAUGAGGCGCUUACGAAGUCGAGAUCUAGUAGUACUUAUAACCUUAGCUAUCCAAUUCGAAAUGGUCAGGUUUACAAUUGGGAUGCCAUGGAGCGGUUUUGGCAGCAAUGUAUAUUCAAUUAUUUGCGGUGUGAUCCGGAGGAUCAUUAUUUUCUUCUAACCGAGAGCCCCCUUACUGCACCCGAGAGCCGCGAGUAUACGGGUGAAAUAAUGUUUGAGACAUUCAAUGUUCCGGGGCUUUAUAUUGCUGUCAAUUCCGUGCUUGCUCUUGCCGCUGGAUAUACGACAUCUAAGUGUGAGAUGACAGGGGUUGUAGUGGAUGUUGGAGAUGGGGCUACCCAUGUUGUGCCUGUUGCAGAUGGCUAUGUUAUUGGGAGCAGUAUUAAGUCUGUUCCCAUUGCUGGUAAAGACGUGACUCUCUUUGUCCAGGAGCUCAUGAAGGAAAGAGGAGAGAAUAUACCACCGGAGGACUCUUUUGAAGUGGCCCGAAAAGUGAAGGAAAUGUAUUGCUAUACCUGCUCUGACAUUGUCAAGGAGUUCAAUAAGCAUGAUAAAGAGCCAGGCAAGUAUAUAAAGCAAUGGAAGGGCAUUAAACCUAAGACGGGUGCACCAUACUCUUGUGAUAUUGGCUAUGAACGGUUUCUUGGUCCUGAGGUGUUCUUCAAUCCUGAAAUAUAUAGCAGUGAUUUUACCACCCCCUUGCCUGCUGUAAUAGACAGGUGUAUACAGUCUGCACCAAUUGAUACCAGAAGGGCAUUGUACAAGAAUAUAGUACUAUCGGGAGGUUCAACAAUGUUUAAGGACUUCCAUAGAAGGUUACAAAGGGACUUGAAGAAGAUUGUGGAUGCCCGGAUUCAAGCUUCUGAAGCGAGAAUAGUAGGGGAAGUAAAGUCGCAUCCGGUGGAAGUCAAUGUUGUUAGCCAUCCCAUCCAGAGAUUUGCAGUCUGGUUUGGAGGCUCUGUUCUUGCAUCAACUCCGGAGUUUUUUGCGGCUUGUCAUACAAAAGCAGAGUACGAGGAGCAUGGUGCAAGCAUAUGCCGUACUAAUCCGGUUUUCAAAGGAAUGUACUGAUGCAAAGAUCCUUGAGUUUUGGGCUUCGGUAAUUGCGAUCAGAUGCUUUGGUGUUUGUCGUUGAACAUGCACCUUGGCUCGGCUCGGCUCGGCUCGAUUCAAUUCGUGAUUCCGCUUCCCAACCUUUGGUAGGUGUCUGGGUGGUGUAAAAUAUGAUGAUUUUCUGUAUAAUUUGUACGAAAUACGGUUCAUUACUUCAAUUCUUUCAUUGGGGGCCAGGUUUUCUGAAAUUAGCAAUUGGUCCAGAUUUAGCUUUCUCAUGUAGAUGGGCGUUGAGGAAUCCUAUAAGAAUCAUCAGCAUUUCAGUGAAUAUUAGAUAAGCUGAAUUGCAUGUUUUUUGGCGUUCAGCUUAGGUGAGAGUUUCGGAAAGAAUUUUAUUUCCUUUUUGUUGUCUUAUGAUCGAUUACUACAAAAACUUAAUACAUUUCAAAUGUUCAUUAAUCGUA